AUGGCAAUUUGGCAAACCAAUGCUCCACGUAUUAACGCGGAUGAACAAAACGAACGUUUUAAGUUAUCGUGGCUUAGUUCGUAUAAAACCCUAAUUUCACGGUCCUAUUUUUUAGAGUGUGGAGAGAUAAAUAUGAUGAGAGCAAUGGAACUAUUCGGAGAAAUGGACGAGCAGGUAUCGUCGAUGGCGAUGGACGUAGACGAUGUAGACUCUCUCGAGAUCUUUGCUGAGGGCGUCAUAGCAGCUGACCACAAACUCGCAGACGCCGAUUUCUUCAACAACUUCCAAGACGAUUUCGAUGAUGCUGAUAUCAACUGA